AUGGCCUCAGCCGAAAUAUGGGCAUCCUUGUUGACUGCCGUUGAUCCGCUCAGUGUGAGAGCUAUGCCGGCCAUGCUGCAGUCCACCAUUGACUUACUAGAGACAGAGCUAGCUAGAGCCAGGGCAGCGUUGCAGGAGCUUCAGUCCCAGCCGGAGCCAUGCUAUGUCACUCUCCAAAACGAUGUUACCGGAGAGGCUAUGGCAGCUUAUAAGACUCAUCUCCUUGAGCGUGUUGCGGCUUCCAGCAGUCUGAGCCUACCGGUAUCACAGACAGAGCUCCGGAGAAGAGCAGGGCAGCUCAGAAAACGGCCGGUGUCAUUUUGGGAUAUCAUCUCCAACUCGCUUAUCCUCGACCAUUUGGCCCCAUAUCUGUCUGUGGCAUCGCUCUUCUCCCUGGCCUCGGCCUGCACAGCAUUGCGUGCCGUUAUCAUGGACACUCCGUAUGUGUUCCGGUAUCUGGAUCUCACUAAUUGCAAGGGCGCCCAGCUCUCGUGGAUGCCUGCCAUCCACGGCAACAUAAGUGCUGCUCGUAUGACGGAUCAGCCUGUGGCGGACGAACAGCUCUACUCAGCACCCCUGCGGACCAUAUUCGACGACCUGAGCCGACGGUCAGUCCUCCAAGACGUCAGGACGCUGAUUCUCGAUGGCCUCCCAGUCACGGCCGAACUGGUCUCAGACAUCCUCCUGACCGACCGUUUCCGCGUCUCCCUCCUCUCGAUCCGGGGGUGCCUCCAUCUCGACGAGCACAAACUCAGGCAGGUCAUUGAAUACGCGGUACGGCCCGACCGCGCCAAGGGGUCGCCAAGCGUAAAGGGAAUCUACUAUUUCUCUCCCAAGCCCAUAGCUGCUGCGACUCCCGCAACUCCUGCGACUCCUGCCAGCAGCGCCAGCCCAUCAGACGACAGGAGGCUGCCAGGCUGCAACACGUCGACGCUUGGCCACCGAGACUCGUCAAACCAUCGCCGGCACCGCCAGCGUCAUCACCGCACCUUACAUCGCUCUAGUCUGGGCUCGGCUGUCGUGCAGGCGGAGGAGCCCGUUGAUCGAUCAGGGGUGCUCGCAAACCGCCCAGGCCGCCUAUCUCUGGGCAGUGAGUGGUACCGCGAGCCAGGCCAAGUCCUGAAACUGCCCUCGGUGCAGAAUGGAUGGGCGCAUACACUGCAGCUCUGCCAAGGAGUAAUAUCCUUUGACGCUCCCCUGUGUAGGGGUGCCAGACAUGAUCCAAAUCUGUAUCUCAUGAACAACAAUAAUGAGAGUCACGAACAAUACCACCAGGUCAUCAACAGCCAAUUUCAGCAUCCUCAAGACGAUACCACUCUCUCGGUUAUCACUGCUGCCUCUGGCCCCCUUUUGCCUCCUGCCAUUGCGACUGUCUCGCUAGGACCGGCGGGCUGCGACGGGUGCCGCACCUCUCCCGAGGGGCCCCUGGUAUGGCAGCAGUCGCCCGAGCAGUAUUUUCCGCUGCUGACACCGCCGCCCUUGCACUCUUACAAGACCGCCGUCGCCAAGGCUCCCGCCCUCCGCCUCAAUGAAUCCCCGGUGCUAAUCGCCCAGUGUGAAGAGUGCCUAAGAGGCCGGCGAUGCCACAGGUGCAACCGAUGGAUGUGUGCUGCAUGUUUGCCUGAUACAACCAAGCCGUGGCCACCAAAAGUACAAAAACUUGGGCUGGAGACAGCAGGCAACUCGACUUUAUCAGUAAAGAUAUCUUAUCUACGGUUUUCUUUUUUUUCCCUCCUUGUUUAUCAUUUGAAACCCGCCUGA